AUGCAUAUGGCUAACUACCUAGCUUGCCUUAAGUGUCUGCUUAUCAUGGCUUUCUGCAAAAUUUUGAAAUUGCAACCCAUCUUCCCAUCCUCUUUACCCUGCCCUGCUGGUUUUUUGUUUUGUGUGUGUAUGUGUGUGUGUGUGUGUGUGUGUGUGUGUGUGUGUGUAAGGGGCAUUUAUCACCUUCCCUCAGGUGAUAUUCUGCUCUAUAAGAUGUAUAUUGAUGUUUAUUUUCUUGUCUUUGUAGAAUGUAAGUUCUGUAGGGCUGAAAUCUUUGGGACUCAUUUAGUAUUUGUUGGAUGA